AUGUCGAAUUCGAGGUUUAGUCAGAUCGAGAAUAACAACAACGAGAGACUCGAUGAGCUAGCGAACAAGUUGGCCACCUUUAGGAGUGUCAACCAGGAAAUUGGAAAUGAUGCACGUAGCGAUGGCUCUAUCAUUGAUGAAAUACAAAAUUCUUUUGGCUCGAUGGCUCUUAAUAUUCGCAACUCUUCAGGAAGGUUGACGAGAUCCCUUAAUGCUGGAAACAAUAUUUGGCGAAUGGUAGGUUUAGCAUUGCUCUUAUUUUUCAUUAUUUACACUUUAUUUAAGCUGUUUUAA